GUUUUUUUUUUAUGGAACCCUGGAAAUUCCCAGGGCUUAGACAGAAAUAUAAAAUCUCUCUGCUCAAAGAAAAAAUAAAAAUAAUUAAGGAAGAGCAACCAAAAACCAAGGGAAGACCACAUCACUGGGGACACAGGAGCAUUCACUUUGAAGGGCAAGAACCAAAAACACACCACCUCCAACAUGGCCACUGAUCUCUGGAUGCCAGCCCCAAUCUGUCUAAUAGAGAACAGCAAUGGGCAACUGACAGGGAACAGAGAAGCACUGCAGAUCCUGGCUACAAUUACCCAGCCUGUGGUAGUGGUUGCUAUCGUGGGCCUAUACCGUACUGGCAAGUCCUACCUGAUGAACAAGUUGGCAGGGCAAAAAUCAGGUUUCUCCCUUGGCUCCACAGUGCAAGCUCAUACCAAGGGCAUCUGGAUGUGGUGUAUUCCUCAUCCCAAAAAACCAAAUCACACCCUUGUUCUCCUGGACACUGAGGGGCUGGGUGAUGUGGAGAAGGGUGACAACAAGAAUGAUGGAUGGAUCUUUGCCCUGGCUGUGCUAUUGAGCAGCACCUUUGUCUACAACAGUAUGGGCGUCAUCAACCAACAAGCCAUGGACCAACUGCACUAUGUGACUGAGCUGACAGAACGAAUCCGAGCCAAGUCCUCCCCUAGCACUGCUGGGGCAGAAGAAUCACUUGCCUUUGUAAACUUCUUUCCAGAUUUUGUGUGGACUUUACGUGAUUUCAAUUUAGAACUCCAAUUCAAUGGGCAGCCCAUCACCUCUGAUGAGUACCUGGAGAAGGCACUAAAGCUCAAAGAAGGUACCAAUGAUGAUGUUAAGAUGUUUAAUCUGCCCAGACAGUGUAUCCAUCAAUUCUUUCCUAAGAAGAAAUGCUUUAUCUUUGACCAACCCACCUCUGGGAAGAAGCUUACCCAGCUGGAGAAACUUCAUGACAGUGAACUAGAGGCCAGCUUUGUUGAGCAAACUGAAAGCUUCUGCUCCUAUAUCUUCCAGCAUUCCAAAGUAAAAACUGUCCAAGAAGGCAUCACAGUCAAUGGACCCCGUCUAGAAAAUCUGGUUCUGACCUAUGUUGAGGCCAUCACCAGGGGAGAUAUGCCCUGUAUAGAGAAUGCAGUCCUGGCACUGGCUCAAAUAGAGAACUCAGCUGCAGUACAAAAGGCUCUUGCAUACUAUGAGGAGAUGAUGAGACAAAGGGUCCAGUUCCCCACAGAAACCCCUCAGGAACUGUUCAACAUGCAUGCCACCUGUGAGAGAGAAGCCAUCCAAGUCUUCAUCAAGGACUCUUUCAAGGAUGUAGACCAGAAAUUCCAGAAGCAACUGGAGAGCCACCUGGAGGCCAAGCGAGAUGCCUUUUGUGACCAGAACCUGAACAUGUCAGCACAGCGGUGCAGAGCUUUGCUUCAAGAUAUUUUCAGUACUCUGGAGGAAGCAGUGAAGCAGGGGACCUUCUCUAAACCAGGGGGCUAUGGUCUCUUUCUGCAGAAGAAGCAAGAACUAAUAGAGAAGUACAAACAGCAGCCUAAGAAAGGGAUACAGGCUGAGGAGACUCUGCAGGAAUAUCUGAAAUCCAAGGAAUACGUGGCUAAAACAAUUGAGCAGACAGAUAUAGCACUGACAGCAAAAGAAAAGGAGAUUGUUGAGGAGCGGAUGAAGGCUCAAGCUGCUGAGGCUGCUGCUGCAAGGCAGCUGGAGGAACUGCAGAAGAGGAAUCAGGAGAUGCAGAAUCGAGAUAAAGGACGGAAGACAAUACCUGCAAGGGUAGAGGCUGAGGUGAAUCGCUUCGGAAAGCGUUUGAGGAAGCUGAGGUUCUGAAACUGCAGGAACAGGAAAACUGACUACAGGGAAGAUUCAAUGCCCCAAAUUGCAACAGCAUCAGCAUCAGAAACAAUCUUUCCAUGGCAAGAUGGAACACUCUACAGGAAAAAUAGCUAUGUCGUGCCUUUAAGACUUAGAGCUUCCCCUUCUUGCUUACCCUGAUUUACAGCAAAACUUAAAGAGAAACAUGACAAAACUAGUGGAAAUGCGCAUUGGCCAUGGGUAGGGGGGGGGGAGGUUGAAGGGGAAAGGA